UUACUGAGUUGCUGCCUUGGCCAGAGUCCGGAGCAGCCGCCGCCCGAGCGCGUCGAGCUCAGUUUGCAGCCCGCGCCGGCUCCCAUCCCGGCCCGACCCCUACCCAGCCCGGCCAGGCUCCACACGCAGGUGCGGACGAUCGGGGCAGGUAUCGCUGGGGCGAGGGAAGGCUGGCGAGUGGCGUAGAGGCCCAUCCCCGCGUCUCCGGGCAGCAGCCACCAUGGAGGUGAUGAACCUGAUUGAACAACCCAUCAAGGUGACUGAGUGGCAACAGACGUACACCUAUGACUCGGGCAUCCACUCAGGGGCCAACACCUGCGUGCCCUCGGUCAGCAGCAAGGGCAUCAUGGAGGAGGACGAGGCCUGCGGGCGCCAGUACACACUCAAGAAGACCACCACCUACACCCAGGCGGUGCCCCAGAGCCAAGGUGACUUGGAGUACCAGAUGUCCACAACGGCCAGAGCUAAGCGGGUGCGGGAGGCCAUGUGUCCUGGUGUGACAGGAGAAGACAGCUCGCUGCUGCUGGCCACUCAGGUGGAGGGGCAGACCACCAACCUGCAGCGGCUGGCCGAGCCAUCCCAGCUGCUCAAGUCAGCCAUUGUACAUCUCAUCAACUACCAGGACGACGCUGAACUGGCCACCCGGGCCCUGCCCGAGCUCACCAAACUGCUCAAUGAUGAGGACCCGGUAGUGGUGACCAAGGCGGCCAUGAUUGUGAACCAGCUGUCGAAGAAGGAGGCGUCUCGGCGGGCGCUGAUGGGCUCACCCCAGCUGGUGGCGGCUGUCGUGCGCACCAUGCAGAACACCAGUGACUUGGACACGGCCCGCUGCACCACCAGCAUCCUGCACAACCUCUCCCAUCACCGUGAGGGGCUCCUUGCCAUCUUCAAGUCAGGCGGCAUCCCUGCCCUGGUCCGCAUGCUCAGCUCCCCUGUGGAGUCUGUCCUGUUCUACGCCAUCACCACGCUGCACAACCUGCUGCUCUACCAGGAGGGCGCCAAGAUGGCGGUGCGCCUGGCGGAUGGGCUGCAAAAGAUGGUGCCCCUGCUCAACAAGAACAACCCCAAGUUCCUGGCCAUCACCACCGACUGCCUGCAGCUCCUGGCCUAUGGCAACCAGGAGAGCAAGCUCAUCAUCCUGGCCAAUGGAGGACCCCAGGCCCUUGUGCAGAUUAUGCGCAACUACAGUUAUGAGAAGCUGCUCUGGACCACCAGCCGUGUGCUCAAGGUGCUGUCUGUGUGUUCCAGCAAUAAGCCCGCCAUUGUGGAGGCUGGUGGGAUGCAGGCCCUGGGCAAACACCUGACCAGCAACAGCCCCCGCCUGGUGCAGAACUGCCUCUGGACCCUGCGUAACCUCUCGGAUGUGGCCACCAAGCAGGAGGGCCUGGAGAGCGUGCUGAAGAUCCUGGUGAACCAGCUGAGCGUGGACGACGUCAACGUCCUCACCUGCGCCACGGGUACUCUGUCCAACCUGACGUGUAACAACAGCAAGAACAAGACGCUGGUGACGCAGAACAGCGGCGUGGAGGCGCUCAUCCAUGCCAUCCUGCGCGCGGGCGACAAGGACGACAUCACAGAGCCCGCUGUCUGUGCCCUGCGCCACCUCACCAGCCGCCACCCCGAGGCAGAGAUGGCCCAGAACUCUGUGCGCCUCAACUACGGCAUCCCAGCCAUCGUGAAGCUGCUUAACCAGCCCAACCAGUGGCCACUGGUCAAGGCAACCAUCGGCCUGAUCCGGAAUCUGGCCCUGUGCCCAGCCAACCAUGCCCCACUGCAGGAGGCAGCGGUCAUUCCCCGCCUUGUCCAGCUGCUGGUCAAGGCCCACCAGGAUGCCCAGCGCCACGUGGCUGCAGGCACCCAGCAGCCCUACACGGAUGGCGUGAGGAUGGAGGAGAUCGUGGAGGGCUGCACUGGAGCCCUGCACAUCCUUGCCCGGGAUCCCAUGAACCGCAUGGAGAUCUUCCGACUUAACACCAUCCCCCUGUUUGUGCAGCUCCUGUACUCCUCGGUGGAGAACAUCCAGCGUGUAGCUGCUGGGGUGCUGUGUGAGCUGGCCCAGGACAAGGAGGCAGCCGACGCCAUUGAUGCUGAGGGGGCCUCAGCCCCACUCAUGGAGCUCCUGCACUCCCGCAACGAGGGCACCGCCACCUACGCUGCUGCUGUCCUGUUCCGCAUCUCCGAGGACAAGAACCCAGAUUACCGUAAGCGUGUGUCUGUGGAGCUCACCAACUCCCUCUUCAAGCACGACCCUGCCGCCUGGGAGGCUGCCCAGAGCAUGAUCCCCAUCAAUGAACCCUAUGCAGAUGACAUGGAUGCCACCUACCGCCCCAUGUACUCGAGUGAUGUGCCCCUGGACCCCCUGGAGAUGCACAUGGACAUGGACGGGGACUAUCCCAUCGACACCUACAGCGACGGCCUCCGGCCCCCCUACCCCACUGCGGACCACAUGCUGGCCUAGCUGGCUGGAUCCCAGUGCGGUCUCCCAUCUGAGAGGCUCUCCGCGCAGGUGAUGGGGCGAGAUAGCAAAGUGCCUGAGCCCGGGCAGCAAGGCUGCAGCUUCCGGCUGAACCCCACGCCUCCAGAGGUCCUCUGUAGGGUCUUUCUUGGGAUGGUGAUCUGCUCCUGCUUUUCUGUUCUGGGCCAGGGGUCCAGGGCCCGACACCCCCUUCCUACCCCCGAGGGCCUGGCACUAAAGCUUUAGACUCGAGGCACCCUCUGUUCCCCCAGAAACCUACCCUCCUCCUGGGCUGCCCCUCCUCCUGGGCUGCCCUCCCCUGGAAAUCUCCCCUCCUCUCGGGCUGUCUUCAGUGGCUUGGGCCCCACGGGGCUUUGGUUUCUCCUGUGGCUCUGAUCACUGAACUCCAUUCAGCAACUGUGCUGAGCCCCUGGGGUCUCUGGGACCCAGGUUCAAGGCCCAAAGACCCAGAAUCCAAAGCUUCUCUUGAAAAGUUCAGGGAUUGUCCAGGGAAAUGGGGCGAAGAUGUGGAGAGCGAGUCCCCCGCUCCAGGACACUGCCUGCUCCUCUCUCCAGAAUGCUCAACUGGCUUUGGCACCCACCCCAGGGGAGCUUGGGGACAGCUUCCUCACACCCCCCUCCCACCCAUGUAACUGCCCUAGCUGACCCCUGAGAAGUGCUCUUGGCUGACCCCUCUGGUGUGCGGUGAGGGGCUUUCUCUUCCCCUUCCUGUUUCCAACUCCCCCCACCACCUCCUGCACAUGGGUGUGGGGGCUGGGGGAGGUCCCAGCAGAGAGUUUUAUUAUUACUGCUUUAUGUUUUUGGUUAUUGGUUUUUUUGUAUAGACCAAAGCAAAGACAAUAAAACUAACACACAGAUCCGA